AUGCAUGAGAAGAACCAGACGUUGGUCAGUGAGAUUGUUCUCUUGGGAUUUCAGAAUCUCCAGAACUUCAAGAUUCCCCUGUUCUCUCUGUUCCUUCUGAUUUACAUUCUGACCAUUUGUUUUAAUGUUCUUAUCAUGGGGUUGGUGUCAGUCAGCCGGAAUCUACAAUCCCCCAUGUAUUUAUUUAUACAACAAUUGUCUGUGUCUGACCUCAUGCAGUCCACAAAUAUUGCACCCACCCUGCUCCUAACUAUAAUGAAUGAAGGAACCACAGUGUUGCUUGUUGGGUGUAUCACACAAUUGUUAUGUUUUGGUGGCUUGGAAACAUUGCAGUGUCUUCUUCUAGCAGUAAUGUCCUAUGACAGAUAUGUGGCCAUCUGUAUCCCACUGCGUUACACUUCUAUAAUGUCCCACAGGGUUUGUGUUACGUUAAUUUUAAUAUCAUGGCUGCUUGGUCUUAUCAUAACGUUCAAUACUGGAAAUGCCAUAUGCAAGCUCCAAUUUGGUCAUCAAAAUACUAUUGACCAUUUUUUUUGUGAUUUCUUCCCUCUUGUUGAACUUUCAUACUCAAACAAUUUCUUCUUUCAUAUAGAAGUAGUCUUAGGUUCUAUUCCUGUGGUUUUCUUCCCCUUUCUCUGCAUCACUGUAUCAUAUAUGUGUAUUGCCCAUGCAAUCCUAAAGAUAGUGUCCAAUACCGGGAGACAAAAAGCCUUCUCCACCUGCAGCUCCCACUUGGCUGUGGUCUUCUUAUUCUAUGGGAUUCUCAUUGCUAUUUAUGUGGUUCCUCCCAAAACAAACUCACAGACUAUAAGCAAAGUUCUCUCUCUGUUAUACACUGUGGUGAUUCCUUUGGUUAACCCAGUGAUUUACAGCUUGAAAAGUAAAGAUAUCAAGGAUGCACUAAAACACAUAUUAGUAAGCAAAUUGAACACAAAUUUUGGUUGGACAGCUCUGAAAUUGCAUGCAUUGGCCCCCCCUAGGUGCAUCGCAAAUCCAUGCCUGGCAAUUUAUUCAGCCAUCACUAGAGACAAUUGUUUUCAGGCUGAAUUGAAUUGUAGAAAUUAA